AUCAAAAAUUGCCUUCAAUGACUGUGUUUUUUCCGACGUGAAAGUUUCAAAAUUACAUUUUUCGGAAUUAAACAGUGUUCAAGAUGAAUAUCACUUCUGCAGCGGGAAUUAUUUCCCUCUUGGAUGAACCAAGACCAGAAUUAAAAGUAUUUGCAUUGAAGAAACUAGAUUCCAUAGUGGGUGAAUUUUGGCCUGAGAUUUCAGAAGCUAUUGAAAAAAUUGAAAUUUUGCAUGAAGACAAAGUGUUCCAACAGCACCAGUUAGCUGCACUUGUGGCAAGUAAGGUAUAUUAUCAUUUAGGUGCAUUUGAAGAUUCUUUAACUUAUGCUCUUGGUGCGGGUGAUCUCUUUGAUGUCAAUGCCCGCAGUGAGUAUGUAGAAACUAUUCUAGCUAAAUGUAUCGACUAUUAUACUCAGCAACGUAUUGCUGUAGCUGAAGGAUUGGCAGAUGCUAAACCCAUAGAUUCUCGCCUUGAAGCUAUUGUUAAUAGAAUGUUUCAGCGUUGUCUAGAUGAUGGACAAUAUCGUCAAGCUAUGGGCCUGGCUCUAGAAACCAGACGAAUGGAUAUUUUUGAGUCGUCUAUUACUCAGUCUGAUGAUAUUAUCAGCAUGUUAACUUAUGCAUUUCAAGUAGCUAUGAGUUUGAUUCAAAAUCGAGCAUUUAGGAACACUGUUUUGAGAUCUCUUGUUGGACUUUAUAGAGGACUGAAUACACCUGAUUAUGUUAAUAUGUGCCAGUGCUUAAUUUUCCUUGAUGAUCCAUUGUCUGUGGCUGAAAUUUUAGAUAGGCUUGUAACUGGCAAGGAGGAUACUGAACUUAUGGCUUAUCAAAUUGCUUUUGAUCUCUAUGAGUCAGCUACUCAACAGUUUUUGGAAAGAGUAUUAGUUGCAUUAAGGGCCACAGCACCAGUUCCAUCUUUGCUGGAAGAAAAAUCAAAGCCAAAGACUGGUGAAGGGGAGGGUGCUAUGUCAACUGAGACUGGAGAACCAUCCACAGAAACAAAAAUUGAAUUAAAAGAAGAAAAAUCUCUUGACAGUUUGUCUGAUCAAGAUAAAGAACAUCAGAAAAGAAUUGAGAAACUUCAUACCAUACUCUCAGGAGAGGUUUCUAUAGAAUUGCACCUUCAAUUCCUUAUUAGGUCAAAUCAUGCUGACCUACUGAUUCUUAAACAAACAAAGGAGACUGUUAGAGUUAGUAUUUGUCACACUGCUACUGUAAUUGCAAAUGCGUUUAUGCAUAGUGGUACAACAAGUGAUCAAUUUUUAAGAGAUAACUUAGAAUGGUUAGCAAGAGCAACAAAUUGGGCCAAACUUACAGCCACAGCCUCACUUGGAGUUAUUCAUAGAGGCCAUGAACAAGAGGCACUAACACUAAUGCAAAGUUACUUACCAAAAGAAGUUGGACCUAGCUCAGGUUAUUCUGAAGGGGGUGGUCUUUAUGCUCUUGGUCUUAUACAUGCCAACCAUGGUGCAAAUAUCAUUGAUUACCUUCUUGGACAACUUAAGGAUGCACAGAAUGAGAUGGUUAGACAUGGAGGUUGUCUUGGUCUUGGUUUGGCUGCUAUGGGCACACAUAGACAAGAUGUUUAUGAACAACUCAAAUUCAAUUUAUACCAAGAUGAUGCUAAUACUGGCGAAGCAGCAGGUAUUGCAAUGGGAAUGGUAAUGUUGGGUUCAAGUAAUUCUACCACAAUUAUGGAUAUGGUUGCAUAUGCACAAGAGAGUCAACAUGAGAAAAUUCUUAGAGGUUUAGCUGUUGGUAUUAGUUUUUCCAUGUAUGGCAGAUUAGAAGAAGCAGAUCCCCUGAUUCAACAACUUACCUCUGAUAAAGAUCCUAUCCUCAGAAGAUCAGGCAUGUAUACUUUGGGUAUGGCAUAUUGUGGUACUGGAAAUAACCAAGCAAUUAGAAAAUUACUUCAUGUAGCUGUGUCAGAUGUGAAUGAUGAUGUUAGAAGGGCUGCAGUUACAGCUUUAGGUUUUCUCUUAUUCAGAACUCCUGAACAAUGUCCUAGUGUAGUAUCUCUUCUAGCUGAGAGUUACAAUCCACAUGUUCGUUAUGGAGCUGCUAUGGCUCUUGGUAUUGCAUGUGCAGGAACUGGUCUACGUGAAGCUAUAGCUCUUCUUGAACCUAUGGUUAUGUUUGAUCCAGUAAACUUUGUAAGACAGGGUGCUCUCAUUGCUUCAGCUAUGAUUUUGAUUCAACAGACUGAGCAAACUUGCCCCAAAGUCACAUUCUUCAGACAGACAUAUGCUCAAGUCAUUUCUAACAAACAUGAAGAUGUGAUGGCUAAGUUUGGAGCUAUCUUAGCUCAAGGAAUCAUUGAUGCAGGUGGAAGAAAUGUAACUUUGUCAUUACAGUCCAGAACUGGUCACACAAAUAUGUUGGCGGUAGUUGGUACAUUGGUUUUCACUCAGUAUUGGUAUUGGUUCCCUCUAUCACAUUGUUUAGCUUUAGCAUUCACUCCAACAUGUGUAAUUGGUCUCAAUGCACAAUUGAAGAUGCCCAAACUAGAUUUCAAAUCCAAUGCCAAACCUAGUUUAUAUGCUUAUCCGGCUCCAAUGGAAGAAAAGAAAAGAGAGGAAAGAGAAAAAGUAACUACUGCUGUUUUAAGUAUUGCUGCCCGCCAACGUAGAAGAGACCAUGAAAGGAAGCAUCGUGAUGAAAAGAUGGAAGUAGAUGAAGACAAAGAUGACAAGAAAACAGAAAAAGAAGACAAGGAGAAAAAGUCUGAAGAAAAAGAAAAAGAUAAAAAGGAUGAAAAGAAAGCUGAUGAAAAAGAUAAAAAGGCAGAUGAGAAGAAGGCAGGUACUUCUACUGGGGAUAAGAAAGAUGAUAAAGAAGAAAAGAAGAAAGAACCUGAACCAAACUUCGAAGUUUUGCAAAAUCCUGCUAGAGUUAUGCGGCAACAAUUGAAGGUGAUAACACUUAAUGAUAGCAAUCAACAUGUUUCGAUGAAAGAUGUUUCUAUUGGAGGAAUAAUAAUGGUGAGGAACUUGAAGCCCGGAGAUGAGGAACUGGUUGAACCUGUUGCAGCUUUUGGUCCCAAAGGUGAGGAUGAGAAGGAACCAGAACCUCCAGAGCCAUUUGAAUGGACAGAAGAUUAGAUAUCAUCAUUAACCUUUUUAUAAUUUUUCAUUUAAUUUACUAUAAGUAGAUGUAAUUAUACGAAAAACGACUUUUGUUAACAUUUAAUAUUAAAUUAUUAGUUUAGCGUUUGUGUA